UAUCGCUACGGUAUUUUUUAGCUAGUGCUCACAUAACCGGCAAGCCAUUUACGGCAUAUUACUAACAUUACCAUGUUCAAAUUUAAUUUUUAUAUUAUAUUCGUCUUUUAUUUCGCGUGCUUAAAUGCGUAUGUAAUCAACAGAGAUCCUACAUUUGGAGCAUGGCCAAAUCGGCUAGUGCCUUAUGUUUUCAAUCCAGGAGAUUACAGCAGUAAUGACAUGCUGCUGAUUCAGUCAGCUAUGGCACAAAUCAGUUCCGAUACUGGCGGUUGCAUUAACUGGCAAAACAUUGGAAUAUUGGGAAAUCCAUUAUAUCCCGGACAAAAUUUUGUCAUAAUCUCCAAAGCCGGAGGCCCCGGGGCAGCCUCACCGACAUGUUAUUCGUAUCCCGGGAUGUUGGCUGCUCAGAAUGGUGCCGGCCAGUAUAUGUCCAUUCAGCCAGGAGCGGGAGGCUGUAUGCAGAACAAGGCGCAGAUAAUGCGCUUGUUGUCGUACCUGCUGGAAUUAAGACCGGAACACAAUAAGCCUAAUCGAGACACUUUUGUCACAACAAAUCCGUCCGCUCUGAAUAUUGCUGCGGCAUCAUCGGGUGUGUUCAACAGGAUCACCAAUGAAUCGGCCAUUAUAUAUAAUUCAGCUGAAUUUGAUUACAAUUCAAUAACGCUUAUUGAUCCCUAUACGUAUAGUGGAACGGGCGCGCCAGUUAUCACCUCCAAAGCUAACUUCCCGAUUUAUAAUUCGGGACGGCUGAGUAUCAGGGACUGCCAGGCACUUGCUUACAUAUACGGAUGUAACUCUGCCAACUGCCAAGACGUUUAUGGAUCCAACAAUGUAAUCUUUGGUCAACCUGUUACAACAGUACCGUCAGUAACUGUGGUUCCCACCGUUGCGCAAACUGGCUUAUGCUCCCCAAAUUUACAAAUCAACGGUGCCUGGAAUGAUUAUAGUCGGGGAAGAAUUUAUUACCUUAGCGGUAACUUGUUGUAUGGCGUAAGCAGCCAGAACGGGCAGAUCAUGGAGAACGGUGUGCCGUUAACCAGUGUUUUCCCCAGUGCUCCCAACAAUAUUGUUUCUGGAUACUAUCAAGCAGGAUUAACGUAUUUACUCGAUUCGAAUGGAAAUGUAUUUUUGUAUCAAAACGGUAAUCCCGUAUCCCAAUUGACGGGUGGAUAUACCAACAUUCAGGGCGCAUCAGCCUACGGAAACACUGCUAGUGCCACUAGCAACAUCAACGCUGUUGGAAUUUACUGGGUGAACACAGGCCGAUAUAUUGUUGUUACCGGCGUCCAGGGACAGUCGGCGGCUGUGACCUUAGCUUCGGUGUUCAGCUCCAACACGGCCGUAUCCAGUGACCUAAACAACUAUGGGAUUCGGGAGAUGUACAGCGUGACGGUAAACGGGCAGGAAAGAUUAGUAUUCCUGUAUCAACCUACGGACGGACGACCUUUACAGUACUUUGAAGCGGCGCCUUGUUCCACAACAACACUAGUGAAUUCUUCCAACCAAGUUUGUUUAAACGUUAUGAAUAAUCCCAGACCAUUUUCCUCUACUAUUCCAAUCUGCUCCAACCAAGGCUGACCGGAUGUAUAUGUUGUUCAAUGACAAGAAUAUAUUGUCACGCUUACGGAAUACCAAAAGUUGAGGCGCUGUUUUCUGAUUGGGAAGGAUGUUUCAUUUAAAUUUUAUCUAUGAAGCAAUCGCUUUUAUCUAAAUAAAAAAUA